AUCAAAAUGAAGCUCUUCAUUUUAUUGGCCGCUGUUAUUGCAGCUACCUGCGCCCUUUCAGACCAUCAACAAUGGACUGAAUUCAAAAGUAACUUUUCUCGACAAUACGGACUACGUGAGGAAAAUGUUCGUUUCCAAAUUUUCCAAAAUAAUCUUCGUAAAAUAGAAGAACACAAUGCCAAAUAUGAGAAAGGAGAAGUAUCAUACUACAUGCGAGUCAACGACUUCGCCGACUGGACUCAAGAAGAAUUUAUUGAUAUGCUGAAAGCUCAAGUAUCGUCGACACCAAAUUUUGAAAAUGAAGUAUUUGAAGUAGAUUCCAACUUUGUUCGUCCACAAUCCAUUGAUUGGAGACAAAAAGGUGCAGUAUUGGCAGUUAAAAAUCAAGGAAAUUGCGGAUCUUGCUGGUCUUUCAGUACUACGGGAGCUUUGGAAGGACAACUUGCCAUUCAUCGAAAUAUUCGUAUACCCCUAAGCGAACAACAAAUGGUCGAUUGUGACAGAACGAAUAUGGGAUGUAAUGGUGGUGACAUGAGAUUAGCUUUCAAUUUUGUUAGAAGAAAUGGUAUCGUAUCAGAAGCAAGCUAUCCUUACGUCGGUUAUCAACGUGCGUGCAGAACUUCUUCAAAUAAAAUUAUUCAAACUAUUUCAGGAUAUGUCCCAGUUCCAGCAACUGAAAAUGCUCUAGCCGAUGCAGUCGGAAGCGUUGGUCCAAUUUCAAUUGGACUGAAUGCUAAUGCCGAUUGGCAGUUUUAUGGAGGAGGUAUUUUCGAUCGUCCCUCUUGUGGUAGUGAAAUUAACCAUGGUGUACUUGCAGUUGGUUAUACCCCACAAGCUUGGAUCAUCAAGAACUCUUGGGGUGGAUCUUGGGGAGAAACGGGAUAUAUUCGCUUGGUCCGUGGUAAAAGUCAAUGUGGUGUUCAUCUUUACUCUACUUAUCCUAAGUUAAUAUUUUCCUACAAAACAGUACUGCUCAAUAGUACAUUUCAGGUUAACUUUUCUCGACAAUACGGACCACACGAGGAAAAUGUCCGUUUCCAAAUUUUCCAAAAUAAUCUUCGUAAAAUAGAAGAGCACAAUGCUAAAUACGACAAAGGAGAAGUAUCGUACUACAUGAGAGUAAAUAAGUUCGCCGACUGGACCAAAGAAGAAUUCAGUCAAUUGUUGAUAUCUCAAAUAUCAUCAAAAUCAGAUAUUGAGGAUAUUGAAGAAUUCAAAAUAGAUCCUAACUUUGUUAGUUCAGAAUCCUUUGAUUGGAGACAAAAAGGUGCAGUAACAGCGGUUAAAGAUCAAGGACCUUGCACAUCUGGCUGGGCUUUUAGUACUACGGGAGCCUUAGAAGGACAACUAGCCAUUCUCCAGAAAAACUAUGAUGAAUUGAGUGAACAAGAAUUGGUGGAUUGUGAUACUACAAAUAAUGGAUGUGUGUACGGUGAAAUGAGAUACGCUCUUAAUUAUGUUAGACAAAAUGGUAUUAUGUCGGAAGCUAGUUAUCCAUAUGAGGGUGUUUCUGGUUCUUGCAGAAAUUCGUCCAAUAAAGUUAUUUCAAAAAUAUCAGGAUACGUCCGUGUUGGACAUGAAAUAGUUCUCGAACAAGUUGUUGCUGAAGUCGGUCCAGUUUCUGUUGGUCUGAGUGUUAAUGACGAGUGGCAGUUAUAUGGUGGAGGUAUUUUCGAUAGCCGCGAUUGUGGUUAUGAUACGAAACAUGGCGCACUUCUCGUUGGUUAUGACCCAGAAGCUUGGAUCAUCAAGAACUCUUGGGGUACAUCUUGGGGAGAAGAAGGUUACAUUCGCUUGGUCCGUGGUAUAGACCAAUGUGGUAUUAGUCUUAACGCUAUUUAUCCAAGAUUAAAAAUCAAAAUGCAGCUCUUCUUUUUACUGGCCACUUUUAUUGCAGCUACCUUUGCACUUUCAGACUAUCAACAGUGGGCUGAAUUCAAAGGUAACUUUUCAAGACAAUACGGACUAAAAGAAGAAAAAGUCCGUUUCCAAAUUUUUAUAAAUAAUCUGCGUAAAAUAGAAGAGCACAAUGCUAAAUACGACAAAGGAGAAGUAUCGUACUACAUGAGAGUAAAUAAGUUCGCCGACUGGACUAAAGAAGAAUUCAGUGAAAUGCUGAAAGCUCAAAUAUCAUCAAAACCAGAUAUUGAGGAUACUGAUGUAUUCGAAGUAGAUUCCAACUUUGUUCGCCCAGAAUCCAUUGAUUGGAGACAAGUGGGUGCAGUAUCAGCAGUUAAAGAUCAAGGAAUUUGUGGAUCUUGUUGGGCUUUUAGUGUUACGGGAACUUUAGAAGGACAGUUAGCCAUUCAACGGAAAAGCUACAUUGCAUUGAGUGUACAAGAAUUGGUCGAUUGCGAUACUUCAGAUAUGGGAUGUGAUGGUGGCGACAUGAGACCCGCUUUAGAUUUCGUUAAAAAUAAUGGUCUUAUGUCAGAAGCUGAUUAUCCAUAUGUUGGUUACUCAGGUUCUUGCAAAACCUCGUCCAAUAAAGUUAUUUCAAAAAUCACAGGAUACGUUCCUGUUAGACCAACUGAAGAAGCUCUCGCAGAUGCUGUUGCUAGUGUAGGUCCAAUUUCUGUUGGACUAAAUGCUGAUUUCGACUGGCAGUUUUAUGGAGGAGGUAUUUUCGAUAAUUUCUCUUGUGACGAUGAUCUCAAUCAUGGUGUUCUUGCCGUUGGUUAUACCCCAGAGGCUUGGAUCAUCAAGAAUUCUUGGGGUACAUAUUGGGGAGAAGAAGGUUACAUUCGCUUGGUCCGUGGUAAAAACCAAUGUGGUGUUAGUCUUUACUGUACUUAUCCGAAAUUGUAAUUUGGUUAAAGGAAAGUAGAUGUAUUGUAAUUAUUAAAUCGUUUAUUAAAACAUGGACGCAUAUAUUCGAUACUUGGUUAUUCAUUUAUCAUCUUUUAUCAAUAUUGUCAUGAAAUGAGGUUUUAUUAAAGUAAUAUAUUUCAAUUUUAUAUCAA